CACAAGCCAACACCAUUGAUUCGCUAGCUACAGUAUCUGCAGAUAAGCAAACGAUCGAUCCGUGCAAGAUGGACAACUCCGGCGUGAUCUUCUAUGGCGGCGCAUACGCGACGGUGAUGUCGGCGCCGCCGAAGCGGCCGGCGGGGCGGACCAAGUUCCGGGAGACGCGCCACCCGGUGUACCGCGGCGUGCGCCGGCGCGGCGCCGCGGGGCGGUGGGUGUGCGAGGUGCGCCAGCCCAACAACAAGUCCCGCAUCUGGCUCGGCACCUUCGCCAGCCCCGAGGCCGCCGCGCGCGCCCACGACGUCGCCGCGCUCGCGCUCCGGGGGCGCGCCGCCUGCCUCAACUUCGCCGACUCCGCCGCGCUGCUCGCCGUCGACCCGGCCACGCUCCGCACGCCCCAGGACAUCCGCGCCGCCGCAAUCACGCUCGCCCGGGCCGCCUGCCCGCACGACGCGACGAGGUCCUCUGUGUCCGCGGCGUCUGCGCCGGCGCCCGCGAUGGUGAUCACGCAGGAGGCCGCGGCUGCGCCGUACGACAGCUACGCCAUGUACGGCGGCUUGGCGGACCUGGAACAGCAUUCCCACUGCUACUACGACGGGAUGAGCGGCAGCGGCGACUGGCAGAGCAUCUCACACAUGAACGUCGCCGACGAAGACGGUGGCUACGGCGCAGGAGACGUCGCGCUCUGGAGCUACUGAUCGAGUGGGAUUGAUCUGGCAGUUUGUUGAGCACGAUUCGUUUGCUCCUGAGUCCUCCGAAAUCCACGAUCGAUAGGGGAGUGUCGUAUGGACGCACACCAUAUUCGCAUGAGCUAGUUUCAAGCACGCGUACUCUGGUUUUCCAUGUUCUUGAAAAUUGGCGCUAAAACUACACACGUGAGCUAGUUUUGGUAGGGGUAUAGUGCUAGGAAAUAUAUGCAGCCAGUUUGCUGAGCGGUUACAGACAAUUUAUACCUCACUCGAGAUUUUUUUUCCCUUCCAUGUAAAUAGCUCUGUCAAAAGUAAUAUACUCU